GUGUUUUUAGGAGGAAGUAUGUCCUUCAGUUAGAGUCUUUUUGCCUUCAGAAGGAGCAACAAAGAUGUGGAUCCUUUCUGUGCUGGUGUGGCUCGCCACCCUCAGCUGCUGCCGUGCUGCAGAAACUCCUGGUCCUCCACUACUUCGCCUAAACUCAACCAUCAUGCCAAACCAGUCGGAAAUGGUCAUGCUGGCUGGCUCCGCUUUCAGUGUCAACUGCCAAGGCAACAGGUCUGUCAAGUGGUCCAGUACUGGGAUUCACUGGAGCCAACGGGAGGAGACAAAGACAGUCAAAAGUGCGAAUCCCAGACACACAGGUACAUACACCUGUGGGUACACAGACCAGAGCCUGGAGCACCUAAACACCUGGUUCCACCUGUACAUCAAAGACCCGAGCAAUCCCUCCACAGUGUUUGUCACACCUCGUCAGAAGAUCAUCACUUUAAUGGAGGGCAAGAGCUUUCUGUUCAAAUGCCUGCUGACAGACCCAUCCGUCACAAACCUCACCCUCCAACGGAUGGAUGGAAGGCCACUGCCCCCAGGAAUGAAUGUCACCUUGAACCCCAAAAGAGGAGCUCUGAUUCAAGACGUGCAAGUAUCCUUCAGAGGACAAUACAGCUGCUCAGGGUGGCGUGAUAGAAAACAGUUCAGGUCCAGUCCUCUUCAGCUGGAGAUCCGCGCGCUGCCUCCCCCACCAACCCUGUCUGUCAGCCAAAAUUAUUUUGUCCGUCUGGAAGGAGAGCCGUUUGAGGUCACCUGCCAGGCCGUUAAUCAAAACCACUUUGUCAAUGUCACCUGGACACACCGGAGUGUGAAGGAACUGAAAAUUUCUGUCAGCCGACAACACAUCAACAAUCAGUUGAUCAUCAGGAGCACCCUGACAGUCUCAGCUGUCAGUCGGACACACAGCGGGGAGUUCCUCUGCACUGCUUACAAUGAAAGGGGAGUUACCACCGCAUCUGUGCAGCUUCUAGUAUUGGAUUCCCCCUCCCUGCACCUCUACCUGUACCUGCUGGCCCCAUCUGACACCAGCACCCUUCAAGUCCAGGAGGACCAGUAUGCUAAUGUUAGCAGCAUGGCGGCAAAAGCACAGGCCUGGCCUGCAGCCAACAUCAGCAACGGUUCAUCAGCCGUCAAGGAGAAACUGAUUGCCAACAUUACCAAUGAAGGGAAUGAGACUGUCUUGAACAACAGUUACAAAGUGGAGGUGCAUGAAGGUGGAGACGUCUGGCUCACUAUCGUGAUGGAGGCCUAUCCUCCAGUCAAUCAUCAGAAAUGGGUUACACCGGCUCACAUGAGCAGCAAAGACAACACGGUGUUUGAGGAGAGCUACACCACCAGUGACUACAGAUCACAGGCAACCCUGUUGCUGCGCCGGGUUCGUCAGGAAGAUCAAGGUCGAUACUUGUUUCAUUUUUCAAACCCUUUUUUCAACGGCUCACAGGAUGUGAACCUCCUAAUUUACAGCUUUCCCACAGUUGCCAUGACUCAACAAAACCAGAGUUUAAACUGCUCAAGUUCUGGGUAUCCUCGACCCACAGUCCGCUGGUUCAUCUGCCGGGGCAUUCAGGACUCGUGUAUGAACGACUCCUCCAGUCCGGGAAUUCCAGGCAUAUUGACUUCACAAGAGGAGGAGGAGGAGGAGAAGGAGGUGAGCACCCUCCUCCCAAUCCCAGAGGAGGAUCGUGUCCUCACAGUGGAAUGCACUGCCUUCAACCUGCUGGGCAGAUCCAGCCAAGUCUUUUAUCAUCGUCCAGCCAAAUUUCAUAGCAUCUACACGCCAGUUUUGAUUGGAGCUGUAAGUGCUGCUGCCACUCUUCUCCUGCUCCUAUUGGUCGUCCUCCACAAGUGGAGAAAGAAACCCAAAUACGAAAUACGCUGGAAGAUCAUCGAGAGCACUGAUGGAAAUAACUACGUCUUUGUCGACCCCAGCCAGCUGCCAUACAACCACAAAUGGGAGUUUCCUCGAGACAAACUGCGACUUGGGGCUGUCUUAGGUUCAGGGGCCUUUGGGAAGGUCGUCGAGGCAACUGCUUAUGGUCUUGGUACCGACAACAAGGCUACCCGAGUGGCCGUCAAAAUGCUCAAACCCAGUGCUCAUUCAGAAGAACGUGAUGCUCUCAUGUCGGAGCUGAAGAUCCUCAGUCACCUUGGUUACCACAACAACAUUGUCAACCUGCUGGGAGCAUGCACUCAAGGAGGACCUAUGUGGAUGAUCACAGAGUACUGUAGUCAUGGCGACCUGCUCAACUUCCUGCGAGUUCAUGCACAGGACUUCGUGGCAUCGACCAUGCUGACAGCAGAAGAUGGAGGGGGUGAACCGUGCUACAAGAACAUGGCAGUGCAAAAGUCCCGGCUACGCAGUGACAGCGGGAUUUCCUGCUGCUCCGAAUAUCAGGAGAUGCAGCCAAUUCUAAGUCCAGGAAAAACUCAGAUGGGUCUGCAUACAGAAGGUCUUUCACUAUGUGACCUCAUGAGGUUUUCAUACCAGGUGGCUCGGGGUCUGGAUUUCCUUUCUACCAGAAAUUGUAUCCACAGAGACGUGGCAGCGAGGAACGUCCUGCUGACUGAUCAGCACGUUGCAAAGAUAUGUGACUUUGGUUUGGCUCGGGACAUUCGGAACGAUGACAGCUACAUUGUUCAGGGAAACGCCCGGCUCCCAGUGAAGUGGAUGGCUCCUGAGAGUAUAUUCCAGUGCAUCUACACCCUGCAGAGUGACGUCUGGUCCUAUGGUGUCCUGCUAUGGGAGAUCUUCUCUCUGGGUAAGAGUCCAUACCCCAACGUUGCAGUGGAUGCCAACUUCUACAGGAGGAUCAAAGAUGGACACCACAUGGAGGCUCCAGCCUUUGCACCAGCUGAAAUGUAUCGCCUAAUGACGCUAUGCUGGAGUCUGGAGCCCACCCACAGGCCAAACUUCAAGCAGAUCGGCGAGCUCAUCAACAGGCUCCUCCUCAGCACAUGUGGCUCAUCAGGCUGCCACAGCCCAGAGCCAACAUACAGGAACAUAGAUAAUUGCACAGAGGAAGAGGAGGUCCUAGAGCAAACACUGAAACCAAAAGCAGCAGAAGAGUCAGGUCACCAUGACAACCGAGAAACUAGAGCUGAGGAGAUAGAGAAAAUCUACAAACAAACCUGACUGUCUCAUCUAAUGAAAGUGUUUCCUGAAGAUCAAUUGAUGGAGAAGAACCUGAUGCAGCACUUUAUUUGCACAUCAAGAAUUGAAACCCAAAGCUCCGCAAAUCUAUCAGCGUUGGAACAAAAGAAAGUAUUUUCACGUAGAUUUCUGUCUCUAUUCAAAUGUUACUUUUUUGAGUCAAGGCAACAAAUGAUUAACUUAGCGCAGUUUCAAUGAUUAUAUUUGCUUUAUUUUUUUAACCAUUUUAUGUUUGGAAAUUUCUGAUUUUUUUUUUUAACAAUUGUGUUUAAUGUGUAGUUCAUCUGUUUUGUUUUUUUUGUUUCGAGUAUUAAUUUUUUUGCUUGGUUGUCUAAGCAGAAAAAUCCAGAUCCGUCUCUACACAUUCACUUUAUCACAAAUACAUACCUAGAUUCAUACAAACAAGCAGACAUGAACACACACACAAACAAACCCAGAUAAACAUUGUUUUUUUAACGCGGUGCCUUAAUGUGACGCCAUUUGGACAAGUGGCCUUACAGUAAAGUCUUACAUGUAAAGCCAGAAAUAACAAGAGAGGUUAA